CACUCCUGAUGUGCAAAAAACACGCAUCAUAUAUCUCCUUUUAACUUUCCUUCUCUCACUUGAAAACCUUUGCCCUCAGGUAUUUGUGUUUCCACAUUGGGAAAAAGCUUCUGACUAUCCUAUCUAUGCCUCUCGUGACUUUAUAAACUCAGGACUCCCCUCAACCUCUGAUGCUGCAGAGGAAACAAUCUAAGUUUCUGCAACCUCUCCUAACAGCUAAGAUACUCCAAUCAUGGGCACCCUCAUCUAUAAAGUCACCACAUCCUUUGUGUAAUGCAGUGACCUGAACUGCACACAAUAAUUUCCUACCUUGCUUUCCUCAGCAUCUUGGAAUAGAACUCAUCCGGCCUUGAGAAAUUAUCCACCUUAAUCUUCUUCAAACCUGAAUCUGAAGAAGGGUCGCAACCCAAAAUAUCACCCAUUCCUUCUCUCUAGAGAUGCUGCCUGUCCCGCUGAGUUACUCCAGCAUUUUCUACCUAUCUCUUCCUACGCCCUAGAAUAUAAGCCGGCUCUUACCAUCGUUGCUUUCCUUGGUGAAUACAGAGAUAUGUCGCAAGUAUCUCACUCACUUCCUUUCCCUUUGUGCAUUGACGUGAUAAGGGUUAGAGAUAGAUCAACCGUGAUUGAAUGGCGGAGUAGACUUGAUAGGCUGAAUAGCCUAAUUCUGCUCCCAUCACAUGAUCUAAUUCCUCGAAUGGACCUACCCUUUUCCCUAUCUAAAAUGCCUUGGGAUGAUUCUUCUUUCAUGUCCUCUUUUAGCCCUACUGAUUUCUUGUUCAAGUUAUUUCCUGUUUCCUUUAUAUUCCUCAGGACCUUGUCUGAUUUCAGCUUCCUAAAUCUUACACAUGCUUCCUAUUUCUUUUUGACUAAGCUUUCAAUAUCUCCUGUUGUCCUAAGUUUUCAAACCUUGUCUUUCCUUUCUUUUAUCCUUACAUGAACAUGUUAGACCUCAGCUCUAAUCAAAUUGCCUUUAAAAAACUUUCACAUAUUAAAUGUGGAUUUACCCCACUAAUUUCUUUUUCUCCAAUUCCUGUCUGAUAUUUCUGGAAUUAGCCUAUCCCCAAUUUAGAUGAGGGCCAGUCCAAUCUUUAUGCAUAACUAUGUUAUAAUUUACUGAAGUAUAGUACAGUUUAGAUACACUUUAAUGAAUAACUAACAUAUCUAUUGCUUUAUUCAGAAAACACGCAUGUUGAUUGCAGGAAUUGCUGCUUAAUUAUGAUAGAGCAUAAUAAAAGGAGCACAACCUAAACAUGUUAGUCUGAGCUGUCACUUCUUUGUUCAAAAAGGAUAUUGUCCAUCAGCAGUUGAAAACAAAUGGCAGGAAAUGGAAUUGUUGUUAACAAAUGGUCGUGAGACUAAUGCUGGCAUUUGAUCACCUGCUCAAAAACAUGAGAUUCGCUGCAGCUUAUUAUCAGGAAAUGCAUCCUCUAACUGUAAAUUAGCAAGUUUUCUUUCCCGUCAGAAAAUUGUUAUGUUCCUCCCAGAAUUGUUAUGGGUUGUGUGCUCAGUUGAUAAUCAGAUUCUCAGCAAAGAAAAGGUUUGAUAAACUUACAACAGUAAGAAGAAAGUGAAGGAGUCUGUUAUCAAGCAAUUUUCUUAAUGUUGGGAAAAUAUAGAUAAAGUGAGGCAGUUAUAAUUGAAGAUUUAUGAUAGACUUGGAUAAAGCAUGAUGCAAUUCUAGAUUGCUCAAUUAAAUUAGAGGUAAGUGAUACAAAUUGAAUGGUGUCUGCUUCAUUGUCCAUUAUAAUCGGUUAUGCAGUGGAGAAACAGGAAUGCUGAUGUUUGUGGCAACUGGAAAAUCAGUAUGCAACUCAGUAAGGGACCAGAAAUUGGCUCCCCAUUACUCCUGUCAUCCUGGGCACAAUAAAUAUUUUCAUAUUUGUUAGCUAAACAAAUAACUACUUUAGAAAACUUCUUCAAUUUUGUAUCAUCAAUAGCACUAAAUUAAAAAUCCUGCUGUUAUUAAUGCCAUGGGCUGCUUCAGUAAAGGCUGCUACCAAAUUUAAUUUCAGUAGAUUUACUAAGCAAAUUAUGCAUGCGAGUUUAGUUUGUGUAGCAAGCAGGCAUUAUCUGGUUGUGAGACCAGAACACAGCAUCGGACACUGAAGCAACUACUGCAUGGACACUUGGUCUGUGAUUUAGUGUGCUUUUCAUGUCUUUGUGCACUAUGAAUUUGUGCGUAGAAAAUUGUUCUGAGCAGUUGUUGGGUUUGUUGCAUAUUAUUCAAGAUAAUUUAUAGGUGAUGUCUUUCUAUUAGUUUAUCUGUAAAGUUGUAAAGCUGUUUUAUAUAUUCAGUGUUUCUGGUGGUAGAUUUAAUGUUGAAGCAGUUCAUGCAAUCAAUGCAUGUGGUCCCCAAGGGACCUGCAAGGUUAGCUGAUAGAAAACAGGCUCUUGAUUAUUACUUUAUCCUGGCUUACCCAUCUGUUAGUUCCACCUUUGCAUACGUAACUGUUGUGUAGCUGAAGGGCGGGGGUGGGGAGAGACGAAUCUCUGAAACAACGCUGUCUGAUUAUUCUGACACAAAAUUCAGUUUGGGAUGCACUGUGAACGCUGUGCUUCGAUUUUUGACUGUAGAGAUCAUAUGCAAGACUGCAGCAUUGACUCAUUUCAAAAGGCAUGGUGUGCAUUUCCGAAGAGAACUAUAGAAUGCUUUGUGUGAAAAAUUUCUUCUGUCCAUCUAAUUUUUUUGAAAGGAACCUUUUUUACUAUCCAGGAAAUGGCUUUUCUUGUCCGUUGCUAUGCCAACUGCUUGCAGCCAUGGCCCUCUAAACUUCCUGCAGACUUCACCAAAUUACAUCUCACAGAUAGCCUCCAUCCACAAGUGACUCAGGUAUCCUCCAGUCAUUCAGGAUGUAGCAUCACCAGUGACUCUGGCAGCAGCAGUUUAUCUGAUCUUUACCAGGCUACAGAGAGUGAGGCCGGGGAAAUGGAUCUAAGUGGUCUGCCAGAGACUGCAGUAGAUUCUGAGGAUGAUGACGAUGAGGAAGAUAUUGAGAGAGCAUCAGACCCAUUGAUGAGCAGGGACAUUGUGCGAGAUUGCCUGGAGAAAGAUCCCAUCGAUAGGACAGAUGAUGACAUUGAACAAUUAUUGGAAUUCAUGCAUCAGCUUCCAGCUUUUGCCAACAUGACAAUGUCUGUCAGAAGAGAGCUUUGUGCUGUGAUGGUGUUUGCAGUGGUAGAGCGGGCAGGCACCAUUGUGCUCAAUGAUGGUGAAGAGCUUGAUUCAUGGUCAGUAAUUUUAAAUGGUUCAGUUGAGGUUACAUACCCUGAUGGAAGGCUGGAAAUCCUGUGCAUGGGCAACAGCUUUGGUGUCUCUCCUACUCUGGAGAAAGAAUACAUGAAGGGAGUAAUGAAAACAAAGGCUGAUGACUGCCAGUUUGUAUGCAUUGCUCAACAAGACUAUUGUAGAAUACUCAAUCAGGUGGAAAAGAAUAUGCAGAAAGUAGAGGAAGAGGGAGAAAUUGUCAUGGUGAAAGAACAUCGGGAGUUGGAUCGCACUGGAACCAGGAAAGGGCAUAUAGUCAUUAAGGGAACCCCUGAACGGUUAACAAUGCACCUGGUGGAAGAACACUCAGUGGUGGACCCAACAUAUAUAGAAGAUUUUCUUUUAACCUACAGAACGUUCUUAUCAAGCCCAAUGGAAAUUGGGAAGAAAUUGCUGGAAUGGUUUAAUGACCCAAGUCUCAGGGACAAGGUUACACGGGUAGUAUUAUUGUGGGUAAACAAUCACUUCAAUGAUUUUGAAGGAAAUUCUGCAAUGACCACAUUUCUUGAGGAAUUUGAAAACAAUUUGGAACGGGAGAAAAUGGGCGGUCACCUCAGGCUUUUGAACAUUGCUUGUGCAGCUAAGGCUAAGCGCCGACUCGUAACUUUAAUGAAGUCAUCACGUGAAUCCCCCUUGCCAUUUAUCCUGUUGGGAGGCACUGAGAAAGGUUUUGGGAUCUUCAUUGAUAGUGUAGAACCUGGAAGCAAAGCUACUGAGGCUGGAUUGAAACGUGGUGAUCAGGUAAUGGAAGUUAAUGGACAAAACUUUGAGAAUAUUCAGCUACCUAAAGCCUUGGAAAUUCUUAGGAACAACACUCAUUUGUCUAUCACUGUGAAAACAAACUUGUUUGUAUUUAAAGAACUUCUAUCCAGACUUGCAGAAGAAAAGAGAAAUGGUGCUCCACACUUACCAAAAAUAGGUGACAAAAAAGGCAGCCGCUAUUCCAUCCCAGACCUAGCUGUCGAUGUUGAACAGGUGAUUGGAUUAGAUAAAGCAAACAAGAAAUCCAAGGGAAAUACAGUGGCAGGACGGAACAAACUGAAGAAAAUUCUGGACAAGACACGAAUCAGCAUCCUUCCACAAAAACCUUACAAUGAUAUUGGUAUUGGUCAAUCUCAGGACGACAGCAUAGUUGGCUUGAAACAAUGCAGACAUAUUGCUCCUGCUCUGCCUGUAAGCGGAACAUUAUCUUCUAGUAAUCCUGACCUGUUGCAAUCUCAUCAUCGCAUUCUUGAUUUCAACACUACACCAGAACUUCCAGACCAAGUUUUAAGGGUUUUCAAGGCAGAUCAACAAAGUCGCUACUUAAUGAUCAGUAGAGACACUACUGCAAAAGAAGUGGUAAUUCAGGCACUUCGUGAAUUUGCUGUGACUGCUGCUCCUGAAUCAUACUCACUUUGUGAGGUCUCUGUCACGCCUGAAGGCGUCAUCAAACAGAGGCGUCUUCCAGAUCAACUAUCAAAACUUGCUGAUCGAAUUCAACUUAGUGGCAGGUACUAUCUAAAGAACAACAUGGAGACAGAGACAUUGUGCUCAGAUGAGGAUGCUCAGGAAUUGUUCCGGGAAAGUCAGAUCGUACUGCUUCAGCUAAGUACUGUUGAAGUUGCCACCCAGCUCUCCAUGAGGAACUUUGAAUUAUUUCGUAACAUUGAACCCACAGAAUACAUUGAUGACUUAUUCAAACUUAAAUCAAAAAGUGAAUGUGUCAACCUCAUGAAAUUUGAGAACAUUAUCAAUCAAGAAACAUUUUGGGUUGCAACAGAGAUUCUUCGAGAGUCAAACCAAUUGAAGAGAAUGAAGAUAAUUAAACACUUCAUUAAGAUGGCACUACACUGUAGAGAAUGCAAGAACUUUAAUUCAAUGUUUGCAAUAAUCAGUGGUCUAUAUCUUGCACCAGUGGCACGACUGCGUAAUACAUGGGAAAAGCUUCCAAACAAAUAUGAGAAGUUAUAUCAAGAUCUUCAGGAUCUCUUGGAUCCUUCCAGAAAUAUGGCUAAAUACCGCAAUGUUCUCAAUAACCAGAACCUGCAGCCUCCUAUUAUUCCCCUCUUCCCUGUAAUCAAAAAAGAUCUGACGUUCCUACAUGAAGGAAAUGAUUCAAAAGUAGAAGGUUUGAUCAAUUUUGAAAAGCUACGCAUGAUUGCUAAAGAAAUUCGUCAUGUUGGCCGUAUGGCUUCAGUUAAUAUGGAUCCUGCUGUUAUGUUCAGAACAAGGAAGAAGAAGUGGAGAAGUCUGGGGUCGCUUAGCCAAGGCAGUACAAAUAGUACUGUAUUAGAUGUGGUACAGGCAGGGGGACACAAGAAGCGGGUACGUCGCAGCUCAUUUCUCAAUGCAAAGAAACUCUAUGAAGAUGCACAGAUGGCUCGGAAGGUAAAGCAGUACCUCGCAAAUCUUAACCUGGACAUGGAUGAAGAAAGUCUACAGGCCUUGUCUCUUCAAUGUGAGCCAAGUACGAAUACAUUACCUAAGAAUGCAGGAGAAAGAAAAGCAGGCAAACUUUCAGAUACGUCUCCAGUUGCUCCAAGAUCAGGGGCACAGCAACAGAAGCAGCAGAAAGUGAAUCAGGUCCUCCAGGUCCCAGCUGUAUCAUUAUAUCCAUCACGCAAGAAAGUGCAAGUUAAAGACCUACCUCCAUUUGGUACUCAUUCUCCUCAAGCUUUGAAGAAAAUUCUGUCUUUGUCUGAAGAAGGAAAUUUGGAUCGGAAUAAAAAGCAGGCAGAAGACACCAUAUCAAACACAUCAUCCCAGCUGUCAUCUCCUCCUACAUCUCCUCAGACAUCACCAAGGAAAGGUUUUAUUUUGGCACCCAGUGCCACUGCUGAUAAUUUUUCGGACUCUGGCCACAGUGAAAUCUCCUCCCGCUCCAGUAUUGUUAGCAAUUCCUCCUUUGACUCAGUCUCUGUCAACCUGCAUGAUGACCGACGACAGCGACAUUCUGUCAGUGUUAUAGAUUCAAAUUUAGGCUUGGGUGUAGAAAGAAGACUGGAGAAACGAUCAGUGGCUGAUCCAGAUCAAUACUAUAUCAGUUCGUACACACAACCCGGCACAGAUGGCAGAGGAAGUCUGUAUGCAGGAGCAGCAGUACUAUCUUCACCAAGCAUGGAAGAGUUAACUCAGGACCAAGGAGACCGGACGUCCCUUGAUGCAGCGGAUAGUGGUAGAGGAAGUUGGACUUCUUGUUCGAGUGGAUCACACGAUAACAUCCAAACAAUUCAACACCAAAAGAGUUGGGAAACGCUUAGUAGUUUGGGAAAUCUUCAUUAUGAGAGCCCUGCUGAAGGAACAGGUCUAACGACCAUGUGGGCUACAGGCAGCCAGAUGGACCAAACCAUGUUUUCUGAGCGUGGCACAAAAUUGAACAGGCAAGGCCAACCCAAAGACACUGUUGUUCAUGCUCAGUCCAGGAGUAGCUGGGCAUCAUCGCCAGGUUACUGGGCAGAGGAUUCCGAAGGUGACACAGGAACUAUAAAACGGAGGGGUGGAAAGGAUGUAUCGGUUGACUCUGACGGAAGCACUACGACGUUAUCUGGAGAAGAUUCUAAUCAAACUGUGAGAUCUUCUCAUAUAGCAGCAUCUUCAUCUACAGCAAAAGGUCUCAUUGCACGUAAAGAGGGCAGAUAUCGAGAGCCACCGCCAACACCUCCGGGGUAUGUUGGCAUUCCAAUUGCAGAGUUCCAAGAAGGUCAUCGACAUCCAGCAAUGAAGCCUCCAGAUUAUAAUGUAGCACUACAAAGAUCACAAUUUGUGGCAAGAUCUUGUGAUACCAUUGGCCAUUCGUCUGUGCAAAAUGCAGCUUCACAUAUGGUCAGUCACUCACAGGUUAGGCCUCUAAGCAAGCCUCAGUGGCACAAGCCAAAUGAGUCGGACCCCAGACUAGUUCAUCUGCAGGCUCAAGGUUUACCAUCAGAAGAUGAGGAUGAAGAUGAACAAGUUUCUGCAGUUUGACCAGUUUUUGCUUCCUGCUUUUUCUUAAGUUUAUCUCACUUCAUGCAAGCUACAUUUUGGACAGCACAACAGAUCAUCCAGAUGUAGGAACCUUGGAACUCUCUUGAAUGAAAUUCCUGAUGCCACUUGCCUCUUUCCCUGCCUUAAAGCAGCAUGGGGCUUUUUAUCCCCGCAUGUGGAAUACUGUGAAGAAACUGUCCUGGCACUUUGGAACUGUAUUGCUUUUAAUGCACAGAGCUUAUUCAACAGACUACUCCUGUUACCACCCAGCACCACAAACUGCUCAGAAUUGAGUUUUACUUUGUUCACUAUGGACCUGCUCUUGAUGCAUUCUUUAAUCAGCCUAGAACGUUUCAAAUUCUUUUGCAGGCUUAUUUGGCCACUCUGGCACGUUAGUCAUUUAAACAAAAAAAAAGUGACGAUUUUAAACAACAAGCGAAUCAUGCAUGAUUUUGUAUUUCAGCUAAUUAUAGGACAUGUUGUAUUCACUUAACUUUUGGGCACAGAGAUCAAGACAGGUUUUUAAUUUAUGUCAACUUUUUUGAUUAAAUACUGCUUACAGAACAACCAACACAAGAUCUCCACGAUUACAGUAUUAUUUUACACAUAACUUAUAUUUUUUGAUUGUAGGAUUUUGAAUUAGUAUUUUAAAUAAUUGAACUGGAUGACAAUGUAGUGGAUGGCGCUCUGUAUCCUAGAAUCAUGCUGGCUAGUUCUUCCCUUUGACAAAAUUAUGGCGCCCUCCUAUUUGAUGAUAGGGACACAAGGCUUCUUAUAGAAAAGCCUCAUUUCUUUUUUCCAGCCUUUGAAAUUUGCAGUAUGUACAAGGAAAUUAACUUAUUUUAUGCUUCUUGGAAUAUCACUGCAUGCCUAUAAUGAAGACUGAGACUUCAAAGCAAACCACCUUCUGCUGCUAUUUAAAACUUCAAAUUACUGAAUUGGCAGCAGCACUUUUGUUGCCGUUCUUCAGACUCCCAGUAGUGAAGGCUGCCAGUCUGAGUAGUACUCAAGUGUAUGGAAACUGCUUUUCUUAGAUCUGUUUCUUGUAUUUUUAUUUCCAUUGAGCUCAGCUGAUCAUAUUGAUCAGUAAAUAAACUUAGGUUCAAUUGAAGACUGCAGUGUUUUCACUGUAUUUAAAACAUCAGUGCUUUAUUUAUCUGUCAUGAAAUCAUACUUUUGGCCCGCCUUAUUUGAAAAUACUUCAUGUUGGUCAGUUAUACAUUGGUAAUUUAACUGUAUUAUGCAUAAUUUGUCGAUGUCAUUCUACAGUCAAUGGAAAUUGUGUGCAUAUAGGCAGACAAAGAUAAAUAAUAGAUAUAUUGAAGAGUUGCACAAAUAAUAUAAACUUAACUGUAAUUGUAGAACAUAGAAAUGCUAAUCUCAUUUCAACAAAUCUGUGAUGUUAAGUGCAAAAUGUAUGAUUAACUGGUGAUUUCCUCAUACUUUUGAUACUACUUGUACCUGUAUGUCUUUUAGAAAGACAAUUGGUGGAGUCUGUAUCUCUUUUGUAUUUUUAAUACAAUAAUUGUACAUAAUGGUUAUAUUUUUGUUGAAAAUGGUAGAAAUGUACUGUUUAUGCUUCUACAUCCAGUUUAUACAAAGCUGGGGAAUAAAUAUAACUGAGAAGU